CAUCUCUAAGAGUGAUGAGCUGGAUGAGCUGUAGCAGCGCCUCAUAACUGGACGCUCAACACCAAAUAAGACGAUGGAAGACAGAAGAUGGUCUGCUGACCAGGACCAUCCAACACAGAGGAUCGAUGAGUCAGAUGAGGAGACGGCGAUGUGUUGGGGGACCCUUGGAUCAUUGAGACCCUUCCCCAAUUUCCAGUCUGACAAGGAUGUGAUUGCCAUCCACAACGCAAUAGCAAAAAAAGAUCUGACCACGCUUGUCAGAAUCCUGACCAACCGGACUAACUCCCAGAGACAGCGGAUCGCAGCUACCUUUGAAGAAGCAUCUCAAAAGGAUCUGCCCACUUGCCUUAAAAAAGUCCUCUCUGGAGAUCUCGAGGACCUAACGCUUGAACUGCUGCUGCCUCCUCUGCAUCAUGAGGCGAGCCGACUGCAGCAGGCCAUGGCGGGUUUAGGCACAAACGAAGAAACCCUGCUGGAGAUCCUCUGCACACGAUCAGGAAGGCACCUAAAACAAGUCCAAGCAGCAUACAAGCAACUGUACAAGAAAGACCUGGAGAAGGAGUUGAGAGCAGAAACGAGCGGCGACUUUCUCAAGCUUGUCGUGGCUUUGUUAAAUAAAGAAGAUGUCGCUUCCAAUGUCCAGAGAGAUGUUGAGGCUCUCGCUGCAUCACUGAAACGUAAAAAACCCGAUGCGGACGUGUGGAUUGACAUCCUCACCUCCAGAGACUGCCAGCAUCUGAACAAGGUGUUUAUGGUGUUGGAGCUGUUGAGCGGACAGGAGUUGGAGGAUGUCAUCGAGAAACAGUUCUCUGGGGACUUUCAAAUGGGUUUACAAGUCUUAGUUCAGUGCAUCAAAAGCCCUGACGCCUACAUUGCGAAGAGACUGACGUCUAUGAAGGCACCGAUCGUGCAGAGCAUUCUGAUCGCUCACUGCGAGGAGGACCUGCUGUGUAUCCGAGUGGCCUUCUUGAAGCUAACAGGGACGUCCCUCUACACCACGCUGCAGAAACACUUCAAGGGAAAUUAUCUUCAAGCUCUCCUGGCUCUCUGCGGUGCUGAAGACUAAGAGGAAUCUUCUAUCUAUUCUAUUUAUUGUUCCCGAUAGUCAUGAAGACAAACACAAUAUGCAGUUAUAUGUCAACCUUAAAUUCAAUCUGGAUCAAUAAAGCAAAUUUUGACUGAAACAGAAAUCAAUGUGCAACAAAUGAAAAGCCAAAAAUCAACAUCAGACUGGGUUUUAGAUUGUGAACAUAAUGUUAAGUGAAUAACAGUAGCUUGUGUCAAACACAAGGACCAGGAGCCAAAUCCGUCCCAUGAAAUUGAUUUCAUGGUCUGUGAGAGUUAUAAAUACAUAUUGCUGCCUCAAAAUUGAGUCAAAGACAGCAGCCAUUUACUGUCACAAGGAGUGUUUUCUAGAAAGUGUUGAUCAUAAAUGUUGACAAUUAAUCUGGAAACUGACAACAAUAUCGAUCCAGGUGGAAAGGAAGUCCAUAAAAUAUGCAACAAUUGGACUGGUAUCACAUGUUUAAAUGCAAAUUUCCUGUGUUCUUAUCAGUGUAGACAUUGGACUUGGACAGAGUACAGAAAUGUGGCCCCUGGUCUGGUAGUGUUUGACACCCAGCUCAGUUGAUUCUUAGGAAGUUGACCCAGCCACGCCCAUUGGCAACACACUUGCAAGAUAAAAACAUCGCUCAAGCCCCACCUCUAAACACACAUCUGAUGUCACUUACAUCUUCACCUGACAUGCCCUGACAUUGUGAAACACCGUCGGCACCAGGAUACAGAGGGCAGGCCCUGUUUGGAGCGACACCAGCGGAAGGUACAAAGGUUCAUUCCCCCCCAGAAAACACUGAAUUAUGAGCCCCCCAACAUUGCAUAUUUUACCAGAGUAAAAAACAGGUUUUAGUAGCACAAUCCACCUGUUUAUAUGCAUUAAUAUUUAUGUUAUAUUUUAUAUAUUGCUAAUUUCAUCUACAUAUCAUGGUAUAACACUGUGUUACAUUAUUAUACGGGCCGAUGCUGCUUUGCUUGG